UGCAGCACUGUGUCUUCCAAGAUCGUCCCUGAACGCAGCAUCACGUUAUUUACGUAACUACGUCACAGCCCUGCCCAGCCCUUCUUCUGUCUGCGUGCUCUGCUUUCACAGUCAUCAUGGCGUCCCUAUCGAUGGCCCCGAUCAACAUCUUCAAAAAUGGAGCAGAUGAAGAGAAAGCUGAGACCGCACGACUGUCGUCCUUCAUCGGCGCCAUCGCCAUCGGAGAUCUGGUGAAGAGCACCUUGGGUCCUAAGGGGAUGGAUAAGAUCCUGCUGGGUGGAGGGAAACAGGGUUUAGUGACGGUGACAAACGACGGAGCGACGAUCCUGAAAUCCAUCGGCGUCGACAACCCGGCUGCUAAAGUCCUGGUUGACAUGUCUAAGGUUCAGGACGAUGAAGUUGGCGAUGGAACGACCUCCGUCACCGUUCUCGCUGCAGAGCUGCUGAGGGAAGCAGAGCUGCUGAUCGCUAAGAAGAUCCACCCUCAGACCAUCAUCUCCGGCUGGAGGAAAGCAACGCAGGUCGCCAGAGACGCUCUGAGGGAGGCGGCUGUUGAUCAUAGCAACGACGCGGCAGCUUUCCAGGAGGAUCUUCUGAACAUCGCCCGCACGACGCUGUCCUCCAAACUGCUGACUCAUCACAAAGCUCACUUCUCUCAGCUGGCCGUCGACGCUGUGAUGCGUCUGAAGGGAUCCGGAAACCUGGAGGCCAUUCACAUCAUCAAGAAGCUCGGGGGCAGCCUCACCGACUCCUACCUGGACGAAGGUUUCCUGUUGGACAAGAAGAUCGGAGUGAACCAGCCGAAGAGGAUGGAGAACGUCAACAUACUGAUCGCCAACACCGGCAUGGACACCGACAAGAUCAAGAUCUUCGGCUCCAGGGUUCGCGUCGACUCGACGGCGAAGGUGGCCGAGAUCGAGAUGGCAGAGAAAGAAAAGAUGAAAGAGAAAGUUGAGCGCAUCCUGAAACACGGAAUCAACUGCUUCAUCAACAGACAGCUGAUCUAUAACUACCCCGAGCAGCUGUUCGCUCAGGCGGGCGUCAUGGCGAUCGAACACGCUGACUUUGCGGGCGUGGAGCGCCUCGCCCUGGUCACCGGAGGAGAGAUCACCUCCACCUUCGACCACCCCGAGCUCGUGAAGCUGGGACACUGCAAGCUGAUCGAGGAGGUGAUGAUCGGAGAGGACACACUCAUACACUUCUCUGGAGUCGCUAUGGGCGAGGCGUGCACCAUCAUCCUGAGAGGAGCCACUCAGCAGAUUCUGGACGAGGCGGAGCGCUCGCUGCACGACGCUCUGUGUGUGUUAUCUCAGACCAUCAAGGAGCCCCGCACUGUCUACGGAGGAGGCUGCUCUGAGAUGCUGAUGGCUCGUGUGGUCACUGAUCUGGCCAAUCGGACAGCAGGAAAGGAGGCGGUCGCCAUGGAGUCCUUCGCCAAGGCUCUGAGGAUGCUCCCAACGAUCAUCGCUGAUAACGCCGGAUACGACAGCGCCGACCUGGUGGCUCAGCUGAGAGCGGCUCACCAGGACAACAAGGGGGGCACCUGGGGACUCGAUAUGAACGAGGGCACCGUGGGCAACAUGGCGGAGCUCGGCAUCACGGAGUCGUUCCAGGUGAAGCGGCAGGUGCUGCUCAGCGCCUCCGAGGCCGCGGAGAUGAUCCUCCGAGUCGACAACAUCAUCAAAGCUGCUCCCAGGAAGAGAGUCCCCGACCAUCACCCCUGCUAGAGGAGGAAGAGGAGGAUGAAGAAUGUGGGAGGGAUCAGUUUUCUUAUUUAUCGCCUCUGUCCUAAUUAAAGAAACGCUCGGAUAUGUUUUUUUUUUUCUGUGGAAGCACCGCGCAGGCUAACGCUGGCUAACCACACAUGUAGCUAACGUCAGUGUGAAGCUAACGUUGGCUUAGAUGCUAACGUUAGCUGAGGUCACAUGGUUAUGCUAACGUUAGAUCGUGUUUGCCGACGUCGCUCUGAUCGUAACUUUAGACGUUGUUUGUUUUGUUUACUGAAAAUAAAGAACCAAUCCUCACUUGAAA